AUGCGUAGAGGUCUUGGAGUUACGGGUUUAAAAAGGAAAAUUGCGGCCAAUGAUCAAUUUCGUGAGUUUGGAAACAAUAAGGCGGAAAUAGAAAUGCAGCAGCUAAAGGAACAACUCCAAGUUUUCAAAACAAAUCUCGAAGAGUUUGCUCGCAAAUAUCGCAAGGACAUCCGUAAGAAUCCUAUGUUUCGGGCACAUUUUCAGAAAAUGUGCAGUAAUAUCGGGGUUGAUCCACUUGCAUGUAGAAAUGGGGGAUUGAUUGAGUUAGAUGAAUUGAAACGGCAAUUGGUAAAAAUGCGUGGAGGUAAUAGUGGUAGUGGAAUUAGUGGAUCCAAUUCGUCACAAGAGAUCAGUGAUGACGAUAUCAUACGCUCUAUUAAAACCCUCAAACCAUUAGGUAAUGGAUUUGAAAUAUUACAAAUUGGUGAUAGAAAAAUGGUAAGAUCAGUCCCACGGGAAUUAAACAUAGAUCAGUCUGAAAUAUUGGCUUUGGCGCAGGCGAAAGGUUAUGUCACUAAAGAUAUAAUAGAAACAGAAUUGGGAUGGGGAACAGAACGCAUAAAUGAUGUUAUA